AGUUCAGUUUCAGUCUUUACAUGGUGCUCAUCGACUGCGCGUUGGACUCGAUUGAAUUCAUCUGACUUUGCCGCCUAUGAAAUUUUUAAAUAAAAACAGUUAAAUAAACACUUUGUCUCGUGUCGCGUACAUUUGGUGCGCCCGGUUGUUUAACAGAGUGUGAGCUGCUCCCCGUGUGUAAGCGUGUUUGUGUGCCUGUGUGUAUUGUGCUACUCCACACGGUCUCAGUGCGCCCUCAUUGUGCUCUCGUGCAAAUGAAAAUUUCAUUGAGCAGAAAGUAGCCGCAGAAAAGUGGAAAAUCCUAAAACAGCUAAAAAGCAAAAAUAAAUAAUUACAAAAAUCGCUGCAAGUGAAAUUAUUAAACAACGACUAAAUCAAUUGUGGAUGCACUGGAAAGCUGCCAAAGCAUUAAUAAGCAAACAAACUACGCCAAUUAAUCGUGCUCGCAGUUGCAGGUUCAAUAAACGCGGCACUGUUAAUUAAUCAUAAUACAAAGAGGAAGCGAUUGCAUUUAGCUCUUUGGAAAAUGCAGUGCGGACUGGAACAGAUGAACGACUGCGAGCGCUCGCCGAACCGAACAAAUCUGCGCGUCAACUUCAAUGAGAAGGGCUCCGAGGUCAAGGAGCGACGCGAAAAGUUUCUCACAGCCAAAUAUGGCUCACAUCAGAUGAGCCUGAUCAGGAAGCGUCUGGCCGUCGAAAUGUGGCUAUACGAUGAACUGCAGAAGCUCUUUGAUCCACCGAGCGAGGCGAUCGAUGUGGAUAUUGAUGAAAUCUUAGACAUGGACACAGACGACAUAAGAAGAUCUCAUCUUAUUAGAUUACUCGCAGUGUGCAAACGCCCGCAAUCGGACAUAUCGAAGUUCAUCAGCGAUCUGCUGGAUCGCGCAAAAACGCUGUAAACUGCGCUGUUUCUUCUAUAAAGAAUAUAAUAAUAAUUAUACAAAUAAUAAUAAAUAUUAAAAGAAAUCAUUGAAUUACAUACAUAUAUAUACUAACAUAUGAAAUGCAAGCGAAAUACAAUUUAAUUUUAAGUUUAGCCGCUUUAAGAUCCAAGAACAAAGAAUAAAACUUAUGCAAUUUAAUUAUAAUUUUACAAGAUUUUGCCCAAUUCUAUCUAUAGUUUUCCUUUUCAUAACUGUAUUUUCAAUGCUAAUUUCAAAGUCUAGACUUAAUUUAAAAACAAACACCGAUAAAAUGCAUCGUUAGCCAUAAGAAUGUUUGAAUCGUAAAUUCAUCAAUUUUGUGAUGAUAUUUCAU